CAAAAGUGCCACCUGCUGAUGGCGCCCUACCGGAGAGGCAGGACUGUAAACGCCACUGAGCUGUUGAACCGGAGGAGCAGCGGUAUCACGGAUGCUGGGACUCUGAUCAGACAGAACAUGAAGGUCCUUAGAAAUAUCCUCCUCCAGGACAACAGAAAUUUCAUUAAAGUAUGGAGCAAGACUUCAAAAUCAACAAUAAUGUAUGAGAAUGGUAAAAUCUACUUUGAAAAUUACCAGAACUGCUACAGUUGUGUUCAUUCAGAGCCUCAAGUUUUGUACAAAUUGCCUAAGAGGUCUAAAUUGGAGAAAUUUGAAGAUGCCUUGCUGUGUCAAAGCCCACUUGACAAAACACUGGCCUCACCCUCUGAUCAUAAACCCAGUCUCUUGGCUUUGACAGCCAAUAACUGGCUGUAUCGCCUUUCAGCUGAAACGGGCGAAGAGCUACAACGGGUUUACCUCUCUUCAAACCAUAAGUUCAGGUAUCUUGGCUGGGAGGUUUCUCAAGAGAUGUUUUAUGUUAAAUCUGUUCAAAACAAAGAAACACCUUUAGCACGACAGGCAGGUAUCACUCAGAAUGCAGUGAUGUACCUGGCCAUCUUUCGUGUUUUCCCCUUGCAAAUUGUGGGUACUAUGGAGAUCAGCAAAAAGGUAUUUGGAAAUGGUGUUACCGAUGUCGUUCUGUCUCAAGGUGUCCUUGCUGUGUCUUACAGCAACAAGUCCGUGAAGCUGUACAGCUUUGAGCACAUUGUGCAUAGGUACAUGAAAGAGAAGUUGAUGCUUGGAGAGCAAAGUUCUCUUCUUGGAGGCAAAACAGUGGGAGAAGCUCCGUUUGGUAUCCCAGUAAAUAUCCAGAUCACAGAUUGCCCUCCUGUGCUUUUCGAGGUGUCCUGCUCUAAUAACGGUGUCCAGAUUGGAGGCUACCCAUGGCACUACAUCUACACACCACCACAAAAAGAUCACAAAGGGACUCACCACAUCUGUUCGCUCAAGGACAACACUAUGGCAACAAAUGGAAUACAAAACAUGAACUGCUGCUCCCUGGAGAGUGAUGGGAUCUUCUUCCACCCCGACGACUCAGGAAGAAUCAUCCACGUUGGACCUACCACCAUAAAUGUCCUUAAAAUCCUUGGUGAAAUGAACAGGGUUUUGCCAUCAAAGGUAGUUGAGGAUUUCUCUAUGAUGACCCAACAAAACAACAAUCCCACCUCACGGGUCACUGUCACCUCAUCGGGCCGCACAGUGAAGAGAAGAUUUCAUCAGCUGGAUGAUGACCCAGAUCAAGAGACUUUCCGUAUGGUGGAAUAUGAAGAUGAGCUUGACCUUUUGGCAGUAGUGGUAACUAACGGGGAGGAGGGAGAAGGAAGAGCUCACAUCCGACUGCAUGACAACCAGAGCGGGCAGUUACAGCGGACAAUUGAUCUGGUUGAACCUUGGGAUGAGACUUAUCGGCAUGAGUUGUUCUUUGACAAAGACACAAUUGUUCAUAUUGAACAAAAGAACACCAACUUUUGCUGCCAUGUUUACAAACUCAAGGCCUACAGAAAGUAAGUGGUGCAAUUAAAGCUGCUGGAAAGCAUUUAAAGGUUAAUUUUAUUUGGUUUUAGGCUUGUGUUUUUAAACAGUUUUUCUGUUAAAACUCAUAAUGCUUUUUUUUUUUUCAUCCUCUGGAUCAGUGUGUCCUUAUUUUUCUAUGUAAAUUACACUUGAUAAUCAAGUUGGUUAUUUAAAUGACUGUAUUACUGUUUACCACGUUCUGUCUCAC